GGCGACAAAUUUUCAUCGUAUCAGUGUCUGCUCUUCAACGAUGAGGGUUCAGAAAACUGUAUUUAUAUCUAAUUCGGCGUCUUCUCGUUUAGCUUCUGCCACGCACUGUCAGGAAAUGAGUAAUACCAAAUCUAACGUAUCUAUGCCAUUGCUUUCUUGUUUCAGUACCUCUGCUAGUGGUAGCAACAAGUUUGAGAAAUCCACGAGCAACAAAGGCAAACCCAAAUGCGGGUUUGAUAGCAUUGAUGAUGCUCUGAUAUUGUUUGAUCAGUUGCUUCAUUCCUGUCCCCGUCCUCCUAUGAUAUUUGGGGAAAUGUUAAAGCUUUGUGUUGAACCUAAUGUGGUAACAUUCAAGACCUUGAUGAAUGGGCUUCGUGUAGAAGGAAGGACUGGUGAUACUGUUAGGUUGUUGAGGAAGAUAGAAGAAAGUGCUGUCCGGCCUGACAUUGUAACAUACAACACUGUCAUUGACAGCCUUUGUAAGGAUAGGCUUAUAAGGGUUGCCCAAAACAUCUUCUCUGAAAUGGUGGGCAAAGGCAUCCUUCCAAUUUUUAUCUCAUAUAGCUCCUUAGUUCAGGGUAUGAGUAAUUUGGGAAAGUGGGAGGAGGUAAAAGGGCCGUGGGCUGGAUAUGAACUUUUCAAGGAUAUGAUUGUCCAUGGCCAAGCUCCAGACUCAGUGGCUUACUCAAUUUUGCUGGAUGGUUUCUGUAAACAUGGUUAUAUUAAAGAGGCAUUGAAGUUGUUUCAAGCAUUGAAAGAUAGUGGAUUGCAACCUAAUAUCAUCAGUUAUAAUGUCUUAAUUGACUGCAUGUGCGAGGCUGGGCAGCUUGAGGUUGCAAGGGAGUUAUAUUCUGGACUCUCUAUGAAAGGAAAAUGGAGGAUGAUUCGUUGCCAAAUGAUUGCAGUUAUAAUACAAGGGUUCAACAAGGAUUGCUUAAAAAUCAUGAUUUUGUCAAGGACAAGGCAAAUACUUUGUGAAAUGCAUGAUAAUGGUUUUUCUGCAGAUGCAACCACAACCACCAUGUUAGUGGAUCUUUUAUGUAGAAAUGGCAUAGAUCUACUGUCAAGUGAUAAAGCCGAAGCAAACAAAGAGAUAGCUGGUGGAGAUGUAAAGUGACUUCUUCUCUGUAAUGGUUGCAGCAACGUACAGCAAAUCUUAACAAAUUUUUGAACCAUAACAGGAGUAAUAACUGUAAGCUUCUGCUUUAUCCUUCUACCCACUUGUUUAUAGAACUUGUGCUAUAAAUGGUAGCAUCAAUU